UGUAAACAAACAGACGUGCGAUUUGCAAUACGAGAGGAAGUCAGAGAGAGUGAAGAGAAUAGCAAUAAUAAGAGUAACGAGAAGAAAUAGAGGUUGUAUUAUAAGAAUAUUCAGUGAGAGUAGAAAAUAACGGCAGAUAAAUACCAUAAAGUAGGAGAAACAAGUAAUAAUCCGUGAGAAAAGUGAGAGAUCGAGGGGAUGUUUGUUUAAGCCUUCAACUAAACCUUCUAAUUCUACUUGUGGCUUAGCUCUGUAAUGCCCACAUGACACCCACAGCGAAACUUGAGGUGGGUGGGAAGGAGCACGGGAGUGUGAUACUGUUUGACGAGUCCAAGGCAGAACUCUUCAAACUCAGCGAUGGAUACAGGUCACUACACAAGAAGCUCAAGACACAGUGGAAGGUUGUUAGCAACCGAGAAGACCUGAGCAAGGAGAGUGUGGCGCAGGCAGCUGUGUUGGUUCUGGCCUGCCCCCGACAGCGCUUCACAGAGGGACAGUUCUCCAUCCUGAGGCGCCAUGUGGACGAGGGCGGCAGUCUCUUUGUGCUGGCUGAAGAAGGCGGAGAGAAGAAAGCGAAUUCCAAUAUUAACUUUUUGCUGGAGGAAUAUGGGAUUGCUGUGAAUAAUGACUCGGUGGUGAGGACCUGCUAUUACCGCUACUUUCACCCCAAGGAGUGCCUGAUCAACAAUGGCGUCCUGAACCGAGCCAUCCUGGACGCCUCGGGGAAGAACAUACCUAGUCUAAUCCUUGAUGAGUCACGUUCCAGCAGAUCCAUGGCUUUUGUGUAUCCCUUUGGCUGCACCCUGAAUGUGGCACGCCCUGCUGUGGCUGUUCUCUCCACCGGCAGCAUAUCCUUUCCUCUCAACAGACCGGUGUGUGCCUUCUAUGAGCACCCGAGGAACCGGGGACGUGUAGCGGUGCUCGGCUCGGCCCACAUGCUGUGCGACCAAUACCUGGACCGUGAGGAGAACAGUAAGAUCAAGGAUGUGGUGUUCCAGUUUCUCACCGCCAAGGACUUCAAGCUGAACCAGAUCGAUGCUGAUGACCCGGAGAUCUCCGACUACAAUAUGACUCCUGAUGUGGCGUGCCUGGCCGAGAACCUUCGCACAUGUCUCCAGGAGUCUGAGGAAGUGCCCACAGACUACACCCAGCUCUUUCACACUCAGCUCACCUCAGUGGACAUGCAGCUGGUGCCGGCCAGUCUGGAGUCUUACAGCAAACUUAACGUGAAGCAUGAACCGCUACGCCUUAUCACACCACAAUUUGAGACACCUCUGCCGCCCCUCCAGCCUGCGGUGUUUCCUCCUUCAUUCCGGGAGCUGCCCCAUCCUUCCCUUGAGCUAUUUGACCUGGACGAGGCCUUCAGCUCAGAGAAAUCCAGACUAGCACAGGUGACCAACAAGUGCAAAGAUGAGGACCUGGAGUACUAUGUGAGGGAGUGCGGGGACAUUCUCAGUGUGAUGCCCAAACUCCCGCCCAACGCCAGGGAUGCCAAGCACAUCCUGGAGUACAUCUUUACCCAGUUGGUGGAGUUCAAGAAGCUCAACCAGGAUCCCGACGCCUUCAGCAGGUCAGAGAUAGAAGGCGAACUGUGAAGAGGAGGAGAGAACAUGGGACCAUACAACUACUGAGUGCAUGACUACUGUAAUGUAUGAAUUCUGAGGGUCAAGAGGGAAUAUGCCAAGCACCAAUUCACUACUUGUAUAUUUGAGUGUGUUUAUUGACAUGUAAUUGAGUAAUGCAUGUGUCCUGAUGAUGGAGGGGUAAGGCAGAUAGAAGGCACCAAUUAGUACUGCAUAUUCAAGUGUGUGCAAUAGUGCAAUGUG